CUUAAUUGCGCUCAGGAACUGGCGGGAGGGAACACCACCAGGUGGAACGUCAGUCGGUGGGGAGUUAUCCCCGCACGGACUCGUUAUCCAGUGACACCGCGGGUAAGUCUUUCCCAGCGCAACAAUAACGAACAGAAAAUAGAUCUAUUUCACAAAUAUUGUCUGAAACCUCUGAGCGAGUUUGUUCUCCCGAAGCGUCGAGCUGAACACCUCAGCAACAGAUGCUGUUCACCUGAACAUCUGGAAGUGACAUUAUGGCAGCGGAAGAGCUGCUGGUUGUAGAUAUUGAACCAAAGCCAAACAUCUCUGGUCGUGGUGACGACAGAGCUGACAAGCUCCUCUGGACUCGCGGUGACGACGCUUUUAGAUUUAACUUCCUCCCUGACAGUUCUCCACCCCUUCAAGAGAAAACGUCUCCAUCACCCGCCGGGUUCCAACCCGCAGCCGGCCUCGCAUCCCUCACAGGACCCGGCUCUGAUUUUGCCUUCGACUUUCAAAUUCCUCCGCUGGAAAACAUGGAGACGACAGAUACCGGAGACAUCGCCUCUGCGAGCAGCCAACACGCCGUCCGAGAGGCGAAGCCUUCCCCCCCGCGGGGGGCUAAACCCCCACCCGAGCCUUCACUGCAAUCAAAACCAAAGAAGAAGAAGAAGAACAAAUCUGGAAAGAACAACCCCUCAGACAACACAGAGGCACAGCAGGCGGCAACUUCAGCUGAGGGGGGUCGAGGCGGCGAGGACGCAGAGCUGAGUGCUGAGGAGCAGCUGAGCAGACAGCUGGACUGGUGCAUCGAGCAGCUGGAAUGUUCCAUGUCGACCCAGAAGAUUGCACCUAAACAGAAAGAGGAAGCCUCCCGCGCCCUGAAGACUCUACGAAGCUCAAAAGCUCCCCUGGCCAAGAAGAGGCAGGUGAUGAGAGCCAUGACCGGAGAUUACAGGAAGAAAAUGGACGAGGAGAAGAGCAGGCAGUACAGACUCAUACAGAGUGAAAUUGCAUCAGCUGAGGUAAAAGUUGUUUCACAAUCUCCAAAGAAACCAUUAUUCCACCGGAGGGCCGUGGUCAAGCAGACCCCCGCCGCAGCGGAGAAGCUGGAUGACGUGCAGGACACGGACCUGAGUGCAAAGACGCAGGAGGAGACCUCCGCUUUUGUCUUCACCUCAUCAAAGGAGGCCUUUCACUUCAAUUUUCUGUGAUCCAGCCCCGGAGACACUUGAAAUAUUCAAACUUUUAAAUUGCUGACUACUUGUAACAACAGUCUCAAUAAAGGAUUUUUGUAUUCUCG